AUGUAUUCAAAUCGUAUUACAUGGGACGUCAGGCUCACACAACAAAUUCACAUGACCACUUACAAUCAAACUUCGUCCUAUAAUAGGACGUACGAGAAGAAGGUGAUCGAAGAAACACCACGAAUUCGAAUCGCCUCCAUACCGCACUCUUCUCCUUUUACCACCGCUCAUCAUAUAAUGCCGACAACGUUCCCGUCAUUUCAAACGUCAUUCGGCGGAAAUGUCUCCUCAUUCCACUCCACCGAUGAUUCACUUAACGUCACAAUGGAUGUCUCACAAUACAAACCAGAUGAUUUGAAGUUAAGUUUCGAAAUAUAUCAGACGGUUUCUGUGAUCGGUCAGUUUAUCGUAGUGGAGGCGAAACAUCCCGAAAAACAAGAUGAGUUCGGAUUCAUCGAACGACACUUUAUCAGAAAGUUCAAUUUACCACGAGGCGUGCAACCGGAGGGUGUUUCCAGCAAUUUGACAAGCGAUGGAACGCUAACGAUUCAAGCGCUUCCACUUAAACCAAAAGAUGGCUCUCCGGCUCGUGCAAUUCCUAUUAAAAUAGUGGGAGCAUCGUCAGGAACGGGAACGGCAGCAGCGGCAGCGGCAACGGGGACUCCUACGCCUGCACAAGAGACAAAAGUCGAGAACAGCAAAUGA